AUAAAAGCAGGCUGCCAGAGAGCGCAGUGGCAACCGCGUUGGGUACGUUUCCACGUUGUGAGAGCUUUGUUCUUUCGCUCUUUGCAGUAAAUCUUGCUUCUGCUCAGUGUUUGGGUCCACACUACCUUUGUGAGCUGUAACACGCACUGUGAAGGUGUGCAGCUUCACUGCUGAAGCCCCUGAGACCACGAACCCACCGGGAGGAACGAAUAACUGCAGACGCGCCGCCUUAAGAGCUGUAACACUCACCGCGAAGGUCUGCAGCUUCACUCCUGAGCCAGCGAGACCACGAACCCACCAGAAGGAAGAAACUCCAAACACAUCGGAACAUCAGAAGGAACAAACUCCGGACACGCGGCCUUUAAGAACUCUUAACACUCACUGCGAGGGUCCCCGGCUUCAUUCUUGAAGUCAGUGAGAACAAGUACCCACCAAUUCCGGACACACUAUUACCUAGCUAACUCCUAUUUAUCCUCCCAGUUUCUGAGCUUAAAUAUCACCGUCUGAGAGAAGCCCACCCUGACCGUCCACACCUGGGUCCAAGAGCACUCAAACUUCUUUUUUACAGCAUUUGGCACACUUGACAGAGAAAUAGCUAAUGAUGUACGUACGCACUUAGUAUUGUUUGUCUCCCCCUGCUGGAAUAAGAAGCUCCUUGGUGGCAGGGACGCGUCUAUCUGCUUUACUGCUGUAUUACCAGUACCUAACACCGUUCCUAACAGUUCCUAACGGUACCUCAAAAAGUGCCCCGACUGAAAUACUGCCAGAGACUGGAUCUCUGUGAAGCUCUCAUGGGAACUGUACGAGGAAAGAGAAGAUUCUCUUUGCUAGAACCAGAAGGAGAACACAUUCCCCAAAGGGAGACCAGCCCACAAUCUCUCCAUUGCCCUCCCAGGAAUGAUGUCCUUAUAAGAAGAGGAAAAGGAAAAGACACCAGAGAUCUUUCUCUUUCUGCAUGGACACAGGGAAGAGGGCAUGUGAGGAAGAGAGCCUUCACCAGACACCAAGCCUAAAGGCCCUGAUCUUGAACUUCCAUUCUACAGAAGGGAACUAAAGAAAGAAAAAUUGAAAAGACAUAGAGCCUGAGUCCCAAGAUAGUUCCCAACCUUCUCUGGUAAAGGGUCCCAGACCAGCCUAUGAACAUCUCUCAACUUGCAGCCCCUGUCACGUUUAGGGCCUGAGAUUUGGAGUUGGAUAUGGGACUCCUGUUUGUGGCCUCCUCUCUUCCAGAGCCUUCCAGUGCAGUCCAGAUAACAUCUCUGAGAGUCUCUUGAGACCACUGAAGCAAGAGGCUUCAAGACAGAAAGCCCAGAAGGAGCCCAGAAGCAACAGUUCGAGACAGGCGCUUCCUGCGGCCAAGUGGAUAAGAGGAGUGGCCUGCAACCAUGGGACAGGCCCUGGGUAUCAAGAGCUGCAACUUUCUGGCAGCAAGAAACAAUGAGGAGCACCACACCAAGGCCCUCAGCUCCCGGCGCCUGUUUGUGAGGAGGGGGCAGCCCUUCACCAUCAUCCUGCACUUCCGUGCUCCAGUCCGUGCAUUUCUGCCUGCCCUGAAGAAGGUGGCCCUCACUGCACAAACUGGAGAGCAGCCUUCCAUGAUCAACAGGACCCAAGCCACAUUCCCGAUUUCCAGUCUGGGGGACCGAAAGUGGUGGAGUGCAGUGGUGGAGGAGAGAGAUGCCCAGUCCUGGACCAUCUCUGUGACCACACCUGCGGACGCUGUCAUUGGCCACUACUCGCUUCUGCUGCAGGUCUCAGGCAGGAAGCAAUACCUCUUGGGCCAGUUCACACUGCUCUUUAACCCCUGGAGUAGAGAGGAUGCUGUGUUCCUGAAGAAUGAGGCUCAGCGCACGGAGUACUUGUUGAACCAGAAUGGUCUCAUCUACCUGGGUACAGCUGACUGCAUCCAGGCAGAGUCCUGGGACUUUGGCCAGUUCGAGGGGGAUGUCAUCGACCUCAGCCUGUGCUUGCUGAGCGCAGACAAGCAGGUAAAGAAGUGGAGCCAGCCGGUGCACGUGGCCCGUGUGUUGGGUGCCUUGCUGCAUUAUCUCAAGGAGAAGAGGGUCCUGCCCACCCCACAGACCCAGGCCACCCAGGAAGGGGCCUUGCUGAACAAGCGCCGGGGCAGCGUGCCCAUCCUGCGGCAGUGGCUCACCGGCCGAGGCCGACCUGUGUAUGAUGGCCAGGCCUGGGUGUUGGCUGCUGUUGCUUGCACAGUGCUGCGAUGCCUGGGAAUCCCUGCCCGCGUGGUGACCACGUUUGCCUCAGCACAGGGCACUGGUGGGCGUCUGCUCGUAGAUGAAUACUAUAAUGAGGAGGGACUUCAGAACGGAGAAGGCCAGAGAGGCAGAAUCUGGAUCUUCCAGACUUCCACAGAGUGCUGGAUGACGCGGCCCGCCUUGCCCCAGGGUUAUGAUGGAUGGCAGAUUCUGCACCCAAGUGCUCCUAAUGGAGUCCUGGGGUUCUGUGAUCUGGUGCCGGUCAGAGCAGUCAAGGAGGGGAUGCUGGGGCUGACCCCAGCAGUGUCAGACCUUUUUGCUGCCAUAAAUGCCUCAUGUGUGGUCUGGAAGUGCUGUGAGGAUGGGACACUUGAGUUGACUGACUCCAACACAAAGUAUGUUGGCAACAACAUCAGCACCAAGGGUGUGGGCAGUGACCGCUGCGAGGACAUCACUCAGAACUACAAGUAUCCUGAAGGGUCUCUUCAGGAAAAAGAGGUGCUGGAGAGAGUCAAGAAAGAGAAAAUGGAACAUGGAAAAGACAACGGCAUCCGUCCUCCCAGUCUCGAGACUGCCAAUCCUCUGUACCUGCUCUUGAAAGCACCCAGCUCCCUACCCCUGAGAGGGGAUGCCCAGAUCUCAGUGACGCUGGUUAAUCACAGUGAGCAGGAGAAGGCAGUGCAGCUGGCAAUUGGGGUCCAGGCUGUGCACUACAACGGUGUCCUUGCUGCCAAGCUCUGGAGGAAGAAGCUGCCCCUCACGCUCAGUGCCAACCUGGAAAAGACAAUAACCAUCAACCUGUUCUUCUCCAAUUUUGAACGAAACCCACCUGAGAACACCUUCCUUAGACUCACCGCCAUGGCAACACACUCUGAGUCCAGCCUUAGCUGCUUUGCUCAGGAAGACAUUGCCAUUUGUAGACCACACCUUGCCAUCAAGAUGCCAGAGAAAGCAGAGCAGUAUCAACCCCUCACAGCCUCAGUCAGCAUCCAGAACUCCCUAGAUGCCCCCAUGGAGGACUGUGUGAUCUCCAUCCUGGGAAGGGGGCUCAUUCACAGAGAGAGGAGCUACAGAUUCCGUUCAGUGUGGCCUGAAAACACCAUGUGUGCCAAGUUCCAGUUCACGCCAACACAUGUGGGGCUCCAGAGACUCACUGUGGAAGUGGACUGCAACAUGUUCCAGAACCUAACCAACUAUAAAAGCGUCACCGUGGUAGCCCCUGAACUUUCAGCUUAAACUUCCAGCUCUAUCACCACUCUCCUGCAAACCCUUGCUCUACAAUCUAAUCCAAACAUGUGCUAGGAAGAGAAACUUUGUGUCUCAGUGUUUGUGUUGCUAUAAAGGAAUACCUGAGGCUGGGUAGUUU